AUGAGAAUCGAAAAAAGAAGGUCUAUGGAAAGAAAUAAUUUUAAAUUAUUGGAGGUAAUUUAAUCAAUAUUUGUUUUAUAGCACAAUAUUUGUUUUAUAGCAAGGAUGAAAAUGGAGUACAAUAAGGAACAUGGAAGUAUACUUAUGAGGAUUAAGAGAUGUAUUUGAAUAGUAUAAUAAAUAGUGAGGAGGAGAAUAUAAUUUGUAAGGAUUGAGAUCGAAAAAUUGAUGGAUUUACGGAAGGAUUUUUGGCAUUUGUCACAAGUAACCUAUUAGGGAAACAUUGUAUAUGGGAAUUAUUAAUAUGAGAAGAUGUAAAAAUAUUUUGUAAUGGUCUUAUGGAAAAGGUGAUAGAAAAUAAGAUUGACAUAUGGGUUGAGUUGUCAAAUGAUUCAUCACAAACACUUUAAAUUAGGGAAUUUAAAAUGGUAAAAAAGUAAUUCGAUGGAAUAUUAUUAAUAUUUAUGGAGAAAAUAAUGGGAUGUAAAGUUAUUUUUAAUUUCAAUUUGUUUAGUGGUGGUGGAACAUUUGACUAUGGAGAUAGUGAGAUUAUGAUCGGACUUUGGAUUGAGCCAUCAAAUGGGUUCUUUGAUUAAUCUUAAAAUAACUUAAAAGGGUGA